AUGGGAAGAGGCUUCAACCCAAGGCUAAGACAGAAUUUACAGCAGCCACAUUCAAGAUCCACACUCCAAACAAGCACCCAAGCUCCCCAAGUGGAAGAAAACACCAAACCAACAGCUUUGAGCAAGCUUAAGAAAGUGAUUUACAAUAACAACACUACCCCAAAGAGUUUAGCUAGGAGAGUGAGCUUAUACUAUAGAGAUAAUUCCAAUGCUUUGAAAGAGAGGGUGAAAGAAAAGGAUGAAGAUGGCAAGAGGUGUGUUGUUUGCUUGGAAGAUUUUGAACCCAAAGAAGAGGUGAUGCUCACUCCAUGCAACCACAUGUUUCAUGAGGACUGCAUAAUGCCUUGGUUAAUAAGUAAAGGCCAGUGCCCAGUCUGUAGGUUUGUGAUUUGGGAGAGGGUGAACAACAACACUUCAUCAUCUUUCAACAGGAAUAAUGAUAUUGUUGCCAAUUUGGAACCUGGUGACCUGAUUGGUGGAGAGCUUUUGUCAAUUCUGAGGGCCAUGGAAGUGGCUUUUCACUUGGGGAGCAUAAAUUACACAUAAGAGUUUUACUAAAAUUAGUCUUCAUCGCA